CUUUUCGUCUUUGACACCGAUUUCUUCAUCUUCGCAUUGAUCACUGCCUCAGCCAUGGAGAACGGUUCAGCAACCUCAACGCAAGAAGCGACUCUCUUUGACAUGACAUCAAAGGACUACUAUGCCGAUUCUUAUGCUCACUUUGGUAUCCACGAAGAAAUGUUAAAAGAUUCUGUCCGGACAGGCUCCUACCGGGACGCCAUAAUAGACAAUCGGCACCUCUUCGAAGGGAAGACUGUACUGGAUGUUGGCUGUGGGACAGGAAUUCUCAGUAUGUUUGCUGCAAAAGCUGGUGCUAAGCAUGUCGUUGGUAUCGACAUGUCCAACAUCAUUGAUCAAGCCCAAAAAAUCAUCGAGGCCAAUGGCUUUAAAGACACCAUUACCCUCGUCAAGGGAAAGCUUGAAGAAGCAUCCCUGCCCAUCGGACAAUUCGAUAUCAUAAUAUCCGAAUGGAUGGGUUACUUCCUUCUCUAUGAAUCGAUGCUUGACACGGUUCUUCUGGCUCGUGAUAAGUAUCUCAAGCAAGAUGGCCUCAUAUUCCCGGACAACGCAACCCUUUUCCUUGCCGCCAUCGAGGACAAAGACUACAAGGACGAGAAGAUCAAUUUCUGGGACAACGUCUAUGGAUUCGACUACUCGUGCAUCAAGGAUAUCGCUUUACGCGAACCAUUGGUGGAUACAGUGGACGUAAAAUCGGUAGUCACAAAACCUUGUUCGAUCAAGCACAUUGAUCUUCGCACCGCGAAGAAGGAGGAUCUUACAUUCACCACUCCCUUCUCAUUAUCCGCCACUCGUAAUGAUUAUGUCCACGCAUUCUUGGCCUGGUUUGACAUCGUGUUCGACUGCACGCAUACAAAAGUCAAGUUUUCUACAGGGCCUCAGGCUCAUUAUACCCAUUGGAAACAAACCGUUUUCUACACUCCGUCGACAUUGACUGUGUCGCAGGGUGAACCCAUUACCGGUACACUUUCUUGUGCCCCCAACGCCAGGAACAAUCGUGACCUAGACAUCAAAAUAACCUACAGAACACCCCGAGAGCAAGAAACCUCUAUCAACUACAAAAUGUACGUCUUAUCAGUGUAUUUUUUCCCUUCUUCUGGCCUGUGGCGACUCUUCCCAUUUGGGUUUGUCGGUGUAAAUCAACGCUGAUGGAUUGCCAGGUAUUAAUCGUGUCGUCGUG